AUGGAGGAGAGCGGCGAGUCCCAGCGGACCGCGGGCUGCAGCGAUGUGCACCCGAGCGGCGAUCGCGGCGGCGGCGCCCCCUCAUGGGCCCCCGAGGACGCCUGGAUGGGCACGCACCCUAUUUUAGAAAUGAUGGAAUUAGAUAUAGGAGAUGCCACCCAAGUUUAUAUAGCAUUCUUGGUUUACCUGGACCUCAUGGAGCGUAAAAGUUGGCAUGAAGUAAACUGUGUGGGAUUACCAGAUCUCCAGCUCAUCUGCCUUCUUGGUACUGAGAUAGAAGGAGAAGGGUUACAGACUGUGGUACCUACACCCGUCAGUGCUUCCCUCAGCCAUAACAGGAUAAGGGAGUUCUUGAAGGCAUCUCGAAAAUUGCAAGGUGAUCCAGAUUUGCCGAUGUCUUUUACUUUGGCCAUAGUGGAGUCUGACUCCACAAUAGUCUAGUACAAAUUUACUGAUGGAUUUAAGCUGCCAGAUCCUCAGAAUAUUUCCCUUAGAAGAUGACACCUAUACUUCCCGAUGCUUGCUUUAUUCACACAAGAUUGGAUUGAGACCCCCUCAGCCUGAUUUGUCUUUUAUCUCAGAGAUUGUCAGGGUUGACUUAGCUGGUCCCAUUCCAUAAGUUUUCUUUUUGAAGAAUAAAACUUUCCCAGAUAGAAGAAUCUAUUUUAUUCAAAAAUAUAGGAUAGUUGCUCUAGAACUUUCUCAUCAGGAGACAGUUUAAUUAUAGUUGUAUAUAAGUUUAUGCCUAGGGUGUGUUCAGAAGGGUAGAACAUUGUUGAGACUGCCACCUCUUUCCCUUACUCAACCCUCUCAGUGCCUUUUGGUCACUACAGCUAGCCUGGAAUGGCAUUUCAGGUACACCUUGACACCUGGAGGGUUUACUUUAGUCUGCUUUUUCAUCCCCAAUAGAAAGUAUUCUUUCAAUUGGUUUUUUCAUGUUGCAAUUACUGUCACUUCCCU